AUGCCGGGCUUCGACGAUAUCGGCAAACCGAUCGGGCUUCUAGUUGGUGUGACCAUUCUGGACCUCCUUCGACUGCAUAACAAAUAUGGCCCUGUGGUCCGAACAGCUCCAGACGAGUUGUCAUACAUCGACGCCCAAGCGUGGAAGGACAUCUAUGCGUCACGACCGGGCCACGUUCCGAUUGAGCGGGGAGGAGUGUGGUUUCGGAAGACGCGACCAUGCGAGCCUUACAGCAUCAUGGGACACGAUGAGCUUCACCAUGCUCGAUAUCGUAGAGCAUUUAUGGGCGCGUUCAGUGACAAAGCAAUUAAGGAACAUUCAACGCUGAUCGAAAAGUAUGUCGAUCUAAUGGUGCAGAGAUUAAGGGCCAUGGCAUCCAAGGGUGGCGUUACGACCGUCGACAUUGUAUCAUGGUUAAACUUUGUGACCUUCGAUAUUUCGGGCGAUUUGUCGUUUGGUGAGUCCUUUGGAAGCACGUCAACGGGCAGGCCACAUCCUUGGGUUGACAUCGCUUGUCGCUUUGGAAAGGGUAUAGCGCUGGUGGCCUCGAUCAACCAUUACGCCCCCUUGCAGAAGUUUCUGAAGUACGCCCUGCCCACCAAGGUCCGCCAGAAGAUGAUCUACCACCGAGAACUGAGUGCGCAGAAGGUCCGCCAGCGGCUCCAGCUUCAAGAGCAAAGGCCAGACUUUGUCAACGCUGUGCUCAGAUAUAACCAGGAGAAGGCCGAGGGGGUGACACCGGAAGAGCUCGAACUAAACAUGAGUGUCUUUGUCUUUGCUGGCAGCGAGACAGUCAGCUCAGCGGUUGCGGCCAUACUGUUUGGAUUGUUGGAAGCACCUAAAGCGAUGGCCCGGGUCAGCCAGGAGAUCAGAUCAGCCUUUGACUGCGAGAAGGAGAUUGACGUUGCUGCUGCAACGAAGCUGGAGUAUCUGACGGCUGUGAUCAAUGAAGGGAUGCGACUUGGCCCACCCAGCGUCAUAGGGGUUCCUCGCAUUGUGACCACUGGCAGGGAAGAGAUAUGUGGGAAAUGGGUCCCUGGUGGAACGUUUGUUGCCAUUAAUCAAUAUCCCGCGUUCAGGUCUGCAACCAAUUUCACGGAUCCUGACAAAUUCAUUCCAGAGCGCUUCCUUGAAAGGCAAAGUCCCGGGAAUAACCUGGCCGUCUUUCAGCCAUUUCUUGUAGGACGACACAUGUGCAUCGGACAGAAGUUGGCAUGGGCGGAAAUGCGGCUCAUAUUGGCCAGGCUGCUCUACGCCUUUGACAUCAGCUGGAACACCAAGCCACCCAUCAGAGACUGGGGAGAGCAGCAGACAUUCAUUUUCUGGCAGAAGAGCCCUUUGGAGAUUCGUUUGAAGCGCAGAUGA